GGUAAAAUGGCAGCACUAGAUCCAAACCAGUUCUGCUGUCCAAUUUGUCUGGAUCAACUGAAGGAUCCAGUGACUACAGCCUGUGGACACAGUUACUGUAUGAGCUGCAUUAAGAGCUGCUGGGAUCAAGAGGAUCGUCGUGGAGUUUACAGAUGCCCGCAGUGCAGACAGUCCUUCACACCCAGACCUGUUCUGCGCAGAAACACCAUCCUGGCUGAGUUGGUGGAGAAACUGAAGGAGACGCCUGCUGACCAUUAUGCUGGACCUGGAGACGUGGAGUGUGAUUUCUGUACUGGGAGAAAACGCAAAGCUGUAAAUUCCUGCCUGGUGUGUCUGGCCUCUUAUUGUGAAACUCACCUCCAGCCUCACUAUGAGUCUCCAGCUUUUAAGAAGCACAAGCUGACUGAUGCCAGUGGACAUCUGCAGGACAAGGUCUGUUCCCAGCGUGACAAACCCCUGGAGGUCUACUGCCGUACCGACCAGCAGUGUAUCUGUGAUCUCUGUAUGACGUAUGAACACAGAGGCCAUGAUACAGUCUCAGCUGCUGCACGAAGGGAGGAGAUACAGUUACAGCUUGGGGUGAGACAGAGAAAAUGGCAGCAGAUGAUCCAGGAGAGAGAGAAGGAGCUACAGGAGCUGAGGAAGGUUGUGAACUCAGUCACCAUCUCUGUGCAGGAGGCGGAGGAGCACAGUGAGAGGGUCCUCACUGAGAUGAUCCAUUUAAUUGAAAGUAGACGCUCUGUGGUGAAAGGGCUGAUCCGAGAUCAGGAGAAGGCUGUAUUAAAUCAAGUUAAUGGCCUGCAGGAACAAGUGGAGGGGGAAAUUACAGAGCUGAAGAGGAGAUGUACUGAGUUUGAAGGCCUCCUACAAAUAGUGGAUCCAAUCCAUUUUCUCCAGACCGCAUCUGCCCCUCUGGGGUUUCCCACCUCUCCCAGGAUGCAUUUGAUUGUGGACAUGAGGAGUGCUGUCUCUGAGCUGAAAGGGACUUUGGAAGAUGUUUUACAAGAAGUCGAUGAUCUUCAGGUUGCAACACCUAGGUCAUUGAAAAAAAUCAUUAACCUACUGGAACCCACUCUCACCACACGCACAGCUUUUGCCUGUCAGCUUACGUUGGACCCAGAUACAGCGCAUAGAGACUUACGUCUGGAGAAGAUGGAGGUGGAAUUCUGCGGGCAGCCCCAGCCGUACCCAGAUAGCCCACACAGAUUCAAAUGGCACUGCCAAGUGCUGUGCAAGGAGGGCUUGUCAGGAUGGGGCUACUGGGAGGUUGAGCGGAGCAUGGACUGUGAGGUUCAGUUAGCGGUCUCGUACCGGGGGAUCGGUAGAAGUGACUGGGGUACAGACUGCUGUUUUGGAUAUAAUGAGUAUUCCUGGAGUUUGGCCUGCACUCCUUCUAGUUAUUCCUUCAGGCAUGAUAAAGCAAACACCAAUGUAUCUGGCCCCCUCACCCCCAGGAUAGGAGUGUACCUGAACCACAAGGCAGGAACUCUGUCCUUCUACAGCAUCUCUGACACAAUGACCCUCCUGCACAGGGUCCAGACCACGUUCACCGAGCCCCUCUACCCUGGGUUUGCUUUACCUUGGUUUUGGAGUAAAUUAAAAAUCUGCAACAUCGGUAAUGGGAGCAACAAGAAAAAAUGAAAAAAGAGAGGGGGUGCUAAUUUUUACAGACACUUCCGUCAGAUACUUAAAAUACUAAGAAUGUUCAAAUAAAUAAAUGAUUAAGAAAGAUUAGGUGCAUGUUAAACACCAAUUCCAGAAAAUAAAGGAAGGAAAAUAAGACUAAUCACUCAACCUGUCGGAGAUGGAUGACAAUCCAGUCUGUAGAAUUAAUUCACUCAAAAUAUUCAGAAGGAAAUGCUAAGAUAUGGGCCGAAAUUUAAUCAGAAGAAGUGUAAAAUCAUUAUAUCAGAAUCAGGAAAAGAAAGGGAUUAAUUUGACAUUUAAAUUCACACUUACAGGACUUUGGCUUGGCAUGAUGACUGCAGUAACAGAUAACAAUACACAGGGUCCAAAUAGGAGGACGGUGAUAACAUACCACAGUAGAGAAAUAUGGUACACAGGGGUGAAGCUAGGAAUUCUGGGGCUCCUCACAAAAUGGCACCUUGGCCCCCUCAGCAACUGGGGGGUGAGGCUCCACUUUGGUAGAUUUGGUAGAUUUUGCUAACCGAAGUCUCCCCCUGCCCCAGCGGCCCUGGGUGUCAUCGCAGACAGCGGAGAUUUAUACUUAAAGAAAAUUAACCAGCCAGUGCUUUCCGUAUGAACGUCACCUCAAGCUACCAAGCCAUGCUGCUGUAUAUUCAUGGUAAAGCAGCGAUAUCAGAGAUUGCAGUUAUAAAACUAAUCCCGCCUUGACAUUACUGUCCGAUUUAGAGCGUCUGGAAAGCAAAUGACAACAGAUUUUUUUAAUUUUUGUGUAACCAAUCCCUAUAACAUACAACACAAACAACACUUUUUUCCCUUACCAACCAUGCAGUAGCUUACAAAUUGGUUUACUCAGUAGUGUUGUACUGCUCUGAAUUUACUGAAAACCCUGAUGCAGAAGAGGUUGUAGGUGUAUGGAGGACGAAUAUCUGAAUCAUGA